ACAGCCACUGUUUAGAACUUGCCCUGACGAAACACUACAAAGCAAAAAUAUUUGUAUGAAACAGGUUUUCUUAAAUAUUCAUAUAUUGAACACCUUUGUGUACGUAAAACAUGCAAACACAUUUGUGAGUCGCUAGAUUUUAUAUCGUACAAAAUGUAUGUUGCCCAUUUGUAAAGGAAUAAAGAAUAUCAAUACUCUAACAGAAACAAAUCAGGUUUCUUUAUUUUAGCACAAGUAGUGUGCCUAAACUUUGGAAUACUUUCGUAAUUACCCUCAAUCCAUGGCUAUUAUAUAAACAAUUAGGAAACAGGCAACUCUCUAAUAUUGAGAAUUAGAUUUGUAAGACUGAAGAUGUCUCGCACUUCGAUGUUCAUCGUGCUGUUCUGCACUUUGUUUUUCUUUAGCUUUACCAUGUCACAAUCAAAGUUCCGCAAACUCGAGAGUAUGCUGAAUCUUCUGCAAUCCAAGCUUACCAUGCUGGAAAAUAAAGUGUUUAAAGAUGAACUUGAUUUCCGUGAUGAUUUAGAUAUGAUUUUGAAACAAUUAAACAACUCAAAAGAUAAAAAUCAAGAUGAAACUGGUAACUUUUCUGACACUGGAUUUACAUCAACGAAUGACGAUGAACUUUUGCGAGUGCUAGAAAAAGUUCGAACAUUUCAAGAUGGGUUCGAAAAAGAAAAACAAUACAUUAGAAAUCAGUUGAAGUUGUUUGAAGCUGCAUUAGAUGACAUGAAACACCAGCAAACAAAAGCGAUUUCAGAGUUUACAGAGAAGUCAGACAAGAGACUAGUUGGCAUCGAAAACCAAGUUCUCGCGGGAAAAGAAUUCAUGAUUCAAAAUGUUGAAAAUAUAAAAAAUGAAACAGUAUUUAUAAAAUUAAGCAUUUACGACGAUAUUGAAAUUUUGAGUACUUCAAAGACAGCAAUGAAACACGAAAUGGAGGAACUGAAAGAGGAUAAUGCUAGAAAUAAAAUGGUUUUAGCGGAAUUAUCCGUUAAAUUUGAAAAUGUUGAAAAAGCAACCAACAAAAUGAAUGAAGCGCCGUUUCUUGAUUGUGCAACAUGGGACCGGUUUGGAUUGUCAUGCUAUAAGUUCUUUGACGACGAAGUUGAAUGGGAGGUUGCCGUUGAAAAAUGCAAGUUGGAAGACGCCUUCCUCGUUGAGAUAGAAAGUUCUGUCGAAAACUCUCAUGUCGUGAAUCUCACAACAACAAGAGCAGUUGACGAAGAUAAGGCGAUUACAGACAUUUAUGAGUAUGCUUAUAACUACUAUUACAAUUUCUACCUCGGUGAGGCGGAUAGCAGGAGUAUCGGGCCGUGGCUGGGCGCUUCGGAUAAACAAACUGAGGGAAAAUGGGUGUGGGAGUAUAGUGGACGAAAUCUCGAUAAGGCAUUUCAAGGUUGGAAUGACGGUGAACCGAACGGAAAAUCAAGAGAAAACUGCUUACAUUUACAUGAGAAACUGGAUUAUAAAUAGAACGAUACGCCGUGUGACUAUCAGAAACCCUACGUAUGUGAGAAACCUGUGAUGGUUAAAAGUAAAAUAAAACAAGAAAAACUAAAAACGGAUUGAUUACGAGUAUUGAUAAUCGUUUGUAUAUAUUGUCUUUUGAAUUUGUAACUAAGGCUUAAAGACUUUGUAAAAAGCUUUGAAACUAAGGUCCUAUAUAUACUGAACAGCAUACAUCUGGAUAGUUUCUUUUGCUGUUCAGUAUAUUUGACUGCGAUCGGAAAAACAGUAUUUUAGAAAAUAGUGUUAAUGUUACAAAUGUUUAUUUAAUUUGUAAAUAUUGAGUAAGGCAAUAUACAAUGUCUUUUUUGUUAUUUUUGUACAUAUUCAAAAUAACGAUGUCUAUUUGCUGACGUCAUGGCCUUAGAUCUUCAUGUUAGUUUUUUUUUCAGCUGAAUUAUCGUUAUUUCGUCUUUCUAUUCUCUAUUCAAGCUACUUUUUUUCACUGGAUCCGCCCAUGUAUUAAACAAAAAUGAAUCGUGUGCAAACAAGGCAAUUCAUUUUCUGUUAAUUUGUUUUAGUUUAGUUUAUACUAAUUUGUUUUAGCUCGAUUGUGAUGAAAGCUUCAAUCUUAUUGCAACCACUCUCGAGUUCGCUUCCUGGAAAACCCAGUACUGGUGUCAUAUGAAAAGUUAUGGUCGUGGCCCCAAUGGGGCUCGGACCCACGACUCCUGGAUUGAGCGGCCAACACCUCAUGAUGUGCUUUGCCAGGAACGUUUAUGUAUUUCUGCGUAGACUGACAUCAAGUAUCUGCGUCUUGUUUUUUCCCUAAUAACCUCUUUUUAAGGCAUAAAAGACGCAGAGUAAUCCACAGAAUAUUUUGCUGUAUCACUUACCAUCCCCAAACCCACGACCUUCAAGAAUAUACUUUUUGACUUCUCCUCUUGUUUACUUCUUUUUUUAAGACUCGGUGUUGUGCGAUUGUUUUUUUUUUCUAUAGGAAUUUCAUUUAUGAUUUUGGUAAGCAUCAACCGGUGUGUUUUUAUCUAAUUUCUUGAAGAAAUCAUAUAAAUCUUGAAAUAUUGUCACUACGUUCGUAUUAAAUCUUACUCGGAAUGUAUUCGUACUCAAAAUAAUUCGGAUGAAAGUUAUUUUUCUUGAAUUGGGUUUCUUUUUACCAAACUUUUAAGUAUUAUGCACAAUUUAGAGUAAUUUAAUGUUUGUAAAUAAUUUUUAAAUUUUUCAGAAUCGUCAUUUCAUACUUUUGGCAGUGUUGUUCAUUUGUGGACCCCGGUUAUAGAUAUUUAAUAAAAUCUGUGAAAAGAUCCUUUGGAAGCAUAGAAUGAAACCAAAAAUUAGUUACAACAGCCUCGGUUUCAUAGAAUGUGUUCAUGAAAGGUAAAACAUGUUUACCAUUUCAAAGAACAACAGAAUGGUAAUUGAAAAUUGUACCGGAAUCGUAAAGUCAUAAUAUAUCAAAAACAGUAAAAUAAGUGGUCGUGUUAUGAUUUUUAAUGUAAUAAUAGAGACAAUACACAAUUGUUUUGUGUGUUACCAUCUGCAGAAGCUCUUAGGUCUCGGUCACAAACAUUCCGCGGUUAAUACACAGAAACACGCGAAUUAUCGAUAUAUCAUUAAACGACAUCUUGUAGUUACUGUAGAACAAUUUUAGUAGUAAUAAAAUGUGACAACAUGUGGAAUUUUGACGUUGUUUGCGAGAUCCCCUCCUUUUUUGUCAACAACUUUAUCAGGUUUGCGAACACUGUUUUUCUAUAGGUUAUUGGUAUUCCGAUGGAAAUCUCUUGCGCACCACUUGUCAAAUAAUUGUUUUUAAAUGGCUAUGAAAGAAAUUUAAAAAUGUAAAAUCUAUUUCAAGCAUCACAAAUGUCACCAAUGCCUUUAACGGCACUUAACUCUAUCUGUACGAUAAAUACUUGAUAUGGUAUGCCGUUUUACUAUUUGUUAACUAUUUUGUGAUAUUCAUAAUUUUAACAUGUCCAAAACAUUGGGGAAUGAUACUUAUUUCACUUGGGUAUUGACAACAUUUUACUCGGACUUUAUCAUAGGCUCCCUGUGUAAAAUCUCAAACUUUUAACUAAAAUGAAGGUAUUAAAUCGAUAUAAUAUUUCAAUGAAACUUCAAAGUUUUGUUGUUUGUAGCAUCAUCCGCGGCAUGUGCAGUGAAAAAUUUUAAUUUGAUUUCUAAAAUAGUGUGAUAUUUAUUUCUAAAGUCACUAUAUGUUCAUUGUAAAUAUACUUCGUUAUACCCAAGUGGAAACUGGCAGGUACUCGAAAAUGCAGCUCUCUGAUUGGUCAGUUAGAACCCCUAAUGUACUGUGAUGUCAUGAUAAAAUUAUGAAUAUUGUAAAUAUAUUUUGCGAUAUCUUGAAAUAUGGUUUUUUUGGACGACUAAUCAAAAUUCUAAGCACCAUAAAA